AUGCUCAUCUUCUCCGUAUUCAAGACGCUCACGGACCAACGCGUCACCGUCGAGCUCAAAAAUGAUCUUUCUAUCACUGGAACGCUCAAGUCUGUGGACCAGUUCUUGAACAUCAGGUUGGACCAGAUCGAGGUGAUGGAUCCGGCGCGACACCCACACAUGAUGGCGGUAAAGAACUGCUUUAUUCGUGGGUCUGUGGUGCGGUAUGUUCAGCUGCCAUCAGAGCACGUCGACACGCAGUUAUUGGAGGACGCCACACGACGAGAAUCCGCCAACCAGGCCAAACGAUGA